AUGCAUAAAUACAUUAAAUAUCUAUUAAUUCCUUUUGACAAUUUACCAAGACAUUUACUUGUUGCAUUUUUAUAUGAUACUUCUUGUUUUUUUUAUUGGAUUGUUGUUCCAUUAUUAUUUAAUGAACAAGGGGCAACUUCAGUUCAACUUGCUUUAUUACAAACAAUUUGUUUUGUUAUUUAUGCAGUUCUUGCACCAUUUGGUGGAAAAUUAGCAGAUAGAAUAAGUCCAUUUAUAGUAGUUAGAAUGUCAAUGGUAUUUCUAACAAUAGGAGAAGCUAUCGUUGCUAUAUGGCCAUCAAGUAAAAUAGCAAUUUAUUUUUCUGCAGCAUUUUGGGCACUUUCAGCAUUUACAUUUUGGCCUGCUGCUGUAGGGACUGUUGGUAAAGAGGCUGGUAUUGGACAUGAAGCUAGAAAUUCAGGAUUAUUUGCUGUGUGUUGGUCAUUUGGUAAAGCUAUUGGAUAUGCAGCUGGAGGAACACUUAAAAGUUCAUUAGGUUCAAGUACAUCAUUAUAUAUUUCAAUUGGAAUUAAUAUACUUAUUGCAAUUAUAUAUCCUUAUCGACAUGUUAAAUGGUUACGAGAUAAAAUUAAAAAAGAAAAAGAAGAAUUAAAAGGUAAUAAAGAAGAUCCACUAUCAAAAGAAACAGUUAUAACAAAUGAAAACAAUAAUAAAGAUGAUGUUGAAAUUCCAAUUGAUGUUGCUAAAGUAAUUGGAAUAGAAAAUACACCAAAUAAAUCAAUUAAAGUAAAAUGGACUGAACAACAACUAAAAAAUAAAACAUAUACUUUUUUGGGGUAUUUAAUGCAAUUAGGUAUUUUUGGGACAUCUGCAGUUGUUACAAACCAAUACAUUAAAAUUGCUGAUGAAAAAUCAAUUGGUAUUCCAUUGAAAGGUAGUCCUGAAGAUAAUUUUGUAUCAAUUAAUUUUUGUAUUAUGUACAUAGCUCAAACACUUACAUUUGUUGCUAUGAGUAUUACUGAUAAAUGGACGUAUAAAAGAACACUGUUUUUAAUUGCAAUGGCAGUAUUUACAUUAUUCUUAAUAUUAUUAACAGUUGUAUUUAAUCCAUAUGUCAUUUUCAUGACUUCAUUUUUUGCUGGGAUUGCUGCUGGUUUUAGUUAUCAAACAUCAACUUAUUAUUCUUUAAGAGCAAGUGAAAAAUCAAAAGGUUUAUUUGUAGGUAUUAGUGAAAGUGUAGCUGCAUUAUCUAAUGGGUUAUUACCAUUAUUUGCUGCUUUAUUGUCUCAAGCAUUUAAUGUGUUUGCAACUAUUUAUUUCUGUAUUGCAAUUAUGAUUGUUGUAAUGAUCCUCUUUGAAAUUCUGUAUCAUACAUUAACUUAUAUCAAUAAAAAAAGACAGGCAAAAAGAGUUAGCAUUUCUAGUGAUCCUCAUGUCAAUGAAAGUAAUUCUGCAAUCUCAAAAGAAAAUAAGGAAUAUAAAAAUUCUUCAAUAAAUGAAACAAACUAA